GUACAAUGGCGUGCUUGCAUUUUAUUUUAUUGUUGUCCUGUGCGCUGCUGUCCACGGGCGAAUACCUGCUGCCCGGCGAUGUGGUGCCGACAUUCUACGACGUGCUCCUCAUUUACGACGUGGAUCCGGCGACGAACUUCAGCUACUUCGGCCGUGUCGACAUUAAAUUAAACAUCCUCAAACCGACCUCAAAGAUCGUGCUCCACGCGCAAGGCUUCAGCAUACCGGAAGAGGAAGUGACCCUGACAGGGCCCAAGGAGGUGGCAGUUGACAAUGUCAAACUGAACGACACGUUCAAUUUAUUGACACUGUCGCUGAGUCAGCAGUUGGAUGAAGGCGACAACUACGUGCUGCGAAUACCUUUCUACGGCAAUCUGCAGCAAGAUCUGGAUGGGACCUACAUCAGUAAAUACGUCGAUAAGAAAACAAAGAAAAAUGAAUAUUUGGUGACGACGCAAUUCGAGGCGAUAUCAGCUAGAAAAGGUUUCCCGUGCUUUGACGAACCGAUGUACAAGGCGCCCUUCAAGAUAUCCAUCGGCCAUCACAUCAAUUAUGUUGCCGUUUCCAACAUGCCUCUAGUGUCGACGGAUAAUUAUAAUGUCCUGGAGGAAACAUGGCCUUGGAAAACUAUCGGACAAAAGUUCAAUAAAGCCGUUUACGAUUUCGUCUGGGACCACUUCGACGUGUCCCUGUCAAUGUCAACGUAUCUCGUCGCUUACGUCAUUUCGAAGUUCACAUACGAGGAGAGCCCGCCCGAGCUGUCCGACACUAAGUUCAGGAUCUGGGCUAACAAGGACACUAUUGACCAGGCCGCCUACGCUAAGUCGAUAGCGCCAAAAGUGCUGACACACUUCGAGAAGUGGUUCGACGUGAAAUACCCGCUGCCUAAACAGGACAUGAUCGCCAUUCCGGACUUCGCGGCCGGCGCCAUGGAGAACUGGGGCCUCAUAACCUACAGGGAGACCACCUUGCUCUACGAUAAGAAGCACUCCUCGUUCUUGAACAAGGAAAGAGUAGCAGAGGUGAUAGCGCACGAGCUGGCCCACCAGUGGUUCGGGAACCUGGUCACGAUGAAGUGGUGGUCCGACCUGUGGCUGAACGAGGGGUUCGCGACGUACGCGGCGUCCGUGGGCGUGGCGGCCGUGGAGCCCACGUGGCGCGCGGACAACAACUACGCCGUCGACAACAUGCUGGCCGUGCUCAACCUCGACGCCUUGGAGUCUUCGCACCCUGUGUCGGUCACAAUAGACGACCCGAAGCGCAUCUUCGAGAUAUUCGAUGAGAUCUCGUACAAGAAGGGCUCCACACUCAUCAGGAUGAUGGUCAUGUUCCUCGGAGAAGACGUCUUCAGGAAAGCCAUUAAAAAUUACCUCGUGAAGUACACGUUGAAGAACGCCGAACAAGAUGACCUGUGGCACGAGCUCACUGAAGAGAGUAAGAGGCAGGGAGGGAUCGCGAACAACGUGACCAUCAAGGAGAUAAUGGACACGUGGACCACGCAAACCGGAUACCCGAUCCUGACCGUCACCAGGGAUUAUAUAGACAAGUCUGUCAGCGUCACUCAGCGGCGGUACUUGUCGCUGGGGGCGCGCGCGGCGUCGCACCGCUCGUGGUGGGUGCCACUGCGCGUGGCGGCCGCGGGCGAGCAGCCCGAGCCCUCGCUGCACUGGCUCGCGACGCACCAGGGCCUGGACGAGCCCUACCGCUUCCCGCACGACGCAGAGCCCACCGACUGGAUGCUCUUCAAUCCCGAUAUGAUCGCACCUUAUCGCGUCAAUUAUGAUGCUCGUAACUGGGAACUUCUUUCGGAGACACUGCUCAGCGACAAGUACGAUGAGAUCCCAGUACUGGGCAGAGUGCAACUGAUAUCGGACGCCUUCGCUCUGGCGGCCACCAACAGACUCAACUAUUCCACUACACUGAUUCUUGCAAGCUACCUCCAGAGAGAGAGGGAGUACCUGCCUCUGUCGACAGCGCUGAGAGGGUUGGCCAAGAUUGAGAACCUCUUGAAGCGCAGCGGAGACUACAGCGCCUUCCAGAGCUACAUCAGGCAUCUGGUGCAGAACUCGUAUCGAAGGGCUGGAGGCCUCUCCGUCAAGCGUAUCGUUAAUGGCGACGAUCUGAACAGCGUAAAACUGCAGGUGUUGACCAGCGGCUGGGCCUGUCGCGCGCUGAUACCGGGCUGCGAGGAAAACGCCAUGGAGCUGUUCCAAAUGUGGAUGAACACUUCCAAUCCGGAUGAAAAUAAUCCGAUCCCGCUGGACCUGCGGCGCACGGUGUGGUGCGCGGGCGCGGCGCGCGGCGGCGAGCGCGAGUGGCGCUUCCUCACGCUGCGGCUGCAGGCCGCGCGCGUUGCCGCCGCCCGCGACGCCAUGCUCGCCGCCAUGGCCUGCACCAGGCAGGUCUGGCUGCUCAACCAGUUCCUCGAAUGGGCGGUGUCGGAGAACUCCCCGGUGCGCAAGCAGGACGCGGCCGCCGUGGUCGGUAACGUGGCCCGCACGCCGGUCGGCUACUACGUCGCGCGGGAGUUCUUCUACAACCGAAUCGACGAUCUGUUUAAGACUUUCAACGGUCAGAGCCGCCGUUUCGGCUAUAUCAUCAAGACUCUGCUGGACCAGUUCACGACUCAGAGAGAAUUGGACGAGUUUCUCAUUUUCCACGACAAGAACCCUAAAUAUUUCGAGGAGACGAAGCUGGCCGUCGUUCAGGCGAUUGAGAAAGCCAAAGUGAACAUCGACUGGGUCGACCAAAACAAAGAUUUAGUUGUACGGGAAAUGCGGAAAGCGGUUAUGUACAUGAAUAACAAUACUCAGUAAACUAUCAGUAUAUUAUUUUGUUUUUUUUUAUUCACGCGAUUCG